AUGUCUUCCUCGACGCCUCGUCGCACUCGCAAAGCUCAACUUGCAUCUUCUGGCCUAGGCUCUCACUUUGUGAGCCCAAGGAAAGCUCGAGACAAACGGAAAACCCAAACAUAUGUUGAGCUGCCUGGCGCAGAGAUGAAGCGCCGCCGACUUUUAGAUGCAAUGGAGCGACUUAUGAAGUCGCAACAUGAGGAACCACACCUGCAGUUAUCUGUUCAAGCUGCACCACCUGAUACUGUGAUUAUGGAACACAUGGAUGCUGACAAUCUUGUUGAAUUCCACUCUGAAGACGUGGAUGAACAACCAUCUCUGGAGAUCUCAGUAACGUCUGUCAAACGGCGGAUCAUACCAGACCAACCCACUAAUUCACUGUAUAAAAACUGGAUUGCACUCAUACCAACCCUUGUUGAUCCGGUACUCCGGUACUUUGGACGAACACAGGGCAAAGCACUGGAAACUAUACAUCCAGUCAUAUCUGCAUGUGGGGAGCCUUCGUGUACACCGAAACGGACAACAAUGAUGUGUUUAUUUUUUGAUCGCUUUACAUCUAUAGAUGUACUAAGUUGUACCUGCUCGACUCUCCAGCAGGUCCUCGUCCACCAUGGUCUAUUCCCAACCGCGCCUUCACAGCCUCGGAUGGCUGUGUCUGUUGACUUGC